UUUCCAUCUAUAUGCAAGAAAGACCUUCGAAAGGCCUAUUCAACGCGUGCGCUACCACCUGGACCGAUCGAUCCACAAGUGAAUCAUUCCUCGGACGGGAAACGGGGAAUCCGCCGAGGCACGUCUGGUAAUUAGAUGACCACCUCCCGAAUAUGCACUCAAGGCGGAUUCUAGCCGGCAUGUGCUCCGUCGGCACGACACUAGCUGGCCAACUACACUUCAUAUCGGAAGAGAUAUGCCUACGAUCACCACUUUCACCGUCCCAGUGCCGACUUAGUGGGCCAGACGGUUUCCAUCAUGGCCUAAUGCAAAGUACGCACGAUAUUGGCGGCUCGACUGCAGCACCGCCGUUUUCAUGGGACUUCAAGCCACGAUGCGUCACCGCCAGCGACCCGGAAGACGAUGAGCCCUAUUGUCUGUAUUCGUCGCACUCCUUCGCCGGCGGGCGGGGUAUAUCGAUCGUGACAACUCCCGACCGUAUCGAGUCCAUUCUGCAGAUGUCGGCAUUCGCCCAGUCCAAUUCAUCGCAUGAUCUUAACACGCAGGCAACCCCGCCGUUCGAGGAAAGAGAGCUCCCGGGGCGCGGCCGGGGGUUGAUUGCAAACAAGACGGUACUCCGCGGCGACCGACUGUUUGCGUACACUCCGGUGCUGCUGCUAGAUGAUGAGGCAUACGAAGCCCUGAGCGAAGAAGAGUGGAUCGAUCUUGAGACGGCGGCGGUUGAGCAACUUCCCGCGGCCACCAGGGCGGAAUUUUGGAAGCUAUACGGCCAACCGUUGGGGAACCCAGUCAGCGACCGGAUCAAUACAAACGCCUUUGAGAUUGAAACCGCUGAUGGCACAUACUAUGGCGUGUUUCCAGAAAUUGCACGCCUCAAUCACGACUGCCGGCCCAACGCUGCCUACUUUUUCGACCAGCAGAGCUUCACGCAUUACGUGCAUGUCGUAACGACCGUGGCGCCUGGCACCGAGCUCACCAUUACCUACGUCGAUCCCCACAUGUCCCGCUCGCAGCGGCGGCGGCAGCUGUCCAGUUCAUGGGGCUUCGAGUGCUCCUGCAGCCUCUGCACCGCCCAUCCGAGCCUGGGCCAGGAGUCAGACUCGCGGCUGAAGCAGAUCAAUGCCCUGAACGAGAAGCUGGAGAAGUCCUCGGCGUUGGGGUCGAGCGACGCGGCGAGAGCAUUGAUCAGCCUGUACGAGCAGGAACGCAUACACGCCGCCGCGAGCACCGCACACCGGUUCGCGGCGAAGGCAUUUUGCGCCGAGGGUCGCCGGUGGGAGACGAUCGCCCACGCGCGACUCGCGACUGAACUUACCAUGCUCGACGAGGGGUUCCACGACGAGGAGGUCGGGGCCAUGAGACGCCUGGCGGAGGAACCUCACACGCAGUCGUGUUGGCCCGGGGUGGCUCCUCCCAAUGCGACUAUAGAGGCCGCUUGGGCUGGCAACUUCUUGUAAGCCGCUGCUCCUUGCUGAACGCGGCAAUGAAUGAUGAACCGUUCGCUUUCUUCACAUGAACGCGCAGGCACGCGCCGACGAAG